GUGAAGGAAAAUACCAUCUCAGCAGAAAGUCCUAUCAUUUAUUUAGGCAUCAGUGAGCCGAGAGGUAUGUCUCUCAAACCACGGCGUGUGGACUUCGACACCACAUGGGGGAUCUUACUGAAGACAGUGAAAUCAGUGAUUACUUGUGAUCGCAUUCCCAGAGCAGUAUGGAACGAUCGCUUUUCGGAUGUGUAUGCCCUAUGUGUGGCUUACCCAGAACCGUUAGGUGACAGACUGUACAAAGAAACAAAGGCUUUCUUAGAGUGCCAUGUUAAAACACUACAUCAGGCUGUGUUGGACAAUGGGGAUGAGAAUUUACUGUCGGCAUAUCACCAUCACUGGCAGAGUAUAGCAAUCGGCUCUAGCUACCUCGAUCAACUUUACGGCUACCUUAACUCUCAGUUUAUUAAGAAGCAGAAAUACAGUGCGGGCGAUCUGAAUUAUGGAGGUUUUGUGGUGGACUUGUCGGAACAGAUGCUGGAAAUAGGGGAGCUUGCUCUUGACAUCUGGAAACGACUGAUGAUUGAACCUCUCAAGCAGAGUAUGGUGUCUCUAAUAUUGGCAGAGAUCAAGAGUGACCGUUGGGGUCCCUCAGUUAAUCAGACAGUCAUCCAUGGUGUGAUCAACUCCUUUGUUAAUGUAGAAGACUACAAGAAAAAAUAUCCUCUACAGUUGUACGAGGAGCUGUUCGAGAGCCAGUUUUUGGAGGAGACGGGAGAGUACUACAAACAGGAAGCUGCGCGUCUCAAGGACGAGUACAACUGCUCAGAGUACAUGGAAAAGGUCAGUUGAGAGUGAAUACAGAAACUAGACAAUGAGAACUUCCGCAGCAGGAAAUUCCUGCACCCGAGUUCAUACCACAAGGUGACACAGGAAUGUCAGCAGAAGAUGGUGGCUGACCACCUUCAAUUCCUCCACGGGGAGUGUAAGGAAAUGGUCCAGCAUGAAAAACUUAAGGAUUUAUCAAAUAUGUACACAUUAUUAAAGCCUAUCAACGGCGGACUGAGUGUGUUGGUGCAGGAUGUGGAGGAUCAUAUCAAACAGACUGGUCUGGAAGCCGUCAAGUCUCUCAAGGGAGAUAAUGUGCCAUGUACGUUUGUGGAAAGCCUGUUAGAUGUACACAGUAAGUACACAGAGCUGAUCCAGGAUGUCUUCCAUGGAGACCAGCAGUUUGUCGGCGCCUUAGACAAGGCCUGUGCGGCUGCUAUUAACUAUAGACCUAGCCUGAGACAAAGCUGUCGAUCUCCUGAGUGGUUAGCCAAAUACUGUGAUAAUUUGCUGAAGAAGAGCUCCAAAGGUUUGUCAGAAUCCGAGCAGGAUGACAAACUGGCAAACUGUAUAACUGUGUUCAAGUACCUAGAUGACAAAGACAUCUACCAGCGGUUCUAUGCCCGGAUGCUUGCCAAAAGGUUAAUCUACAGCCAAUCUAUAUCCAUGGAUGCAGAGGAAGCCAUGAUUAACAGGCUCAAGCAAGCCUGUGGUUAUGAGUUCACCAAUAAGUUACACCGGAUGUUCACAGAUAUGACCAUCAGUGCAGACCUCAACAACAAAUUUAGCAAAUUUCUCAAGGACAAGGAAAUAGAGUUAGGGGUCAACUUCUCAAUGCUAGUUUUACAGGCAGGGGCAUGGCCUAUAGGACAGAGUAACCUGCCUGCAUUUGCCAUCCCUCAGGAGCUGGAGAAAAGUGUACAGAUGUUUGAGCUGUUUUACAGCCAGAACUUCAACGGCAGAAAGUUGACGUGGAUGCACAGCUUUUGUAGUGCGGAGUUAAAACUCAACUAUUUGAAAAGGCCAUAUUUUGUCACCAUGGGAACAUUUCACAUGGCGAUAAUGUUACUGUUCAACCAAUCAGAGAAGCUGGCUUUUAAGGAGAUACUGAUGAAUACUGAGAUGCCAGAAAAAGAGCUGAUGAAACAACUGCAGGGAUUACUGGAAACCAAAAUGAUCACAACAACAGGAGAUAUUGACAGCACCAGCACAUUCUCUCUAAACCUGGGCUAUUCCAACAAGCGGACCAAGUUUAAAAUCACCAGUACAAUACAGAAGGAGACGCCUCAGGAGGUGGAGCAGACACACAGUGCGGUGGAUGAGGACAGGAAGAUGUACCUGCAGGCGGCCAUUGUUCGCAUCAUGAAGGCCAGGAAAGUCCUCAAACACAACAUGUUGAUACAAGAAGUUAUUAGCCAAUCAAAAGCAAGAUUUGCUCCAAGUAUAAGCAUGAUAAAGAAGUGCAUCGAGGCAUUGAUAGACAAACAAUAUUUAGAAAGGACAGCUAAUUCCACGGAUGAGUACAGCUAUGUAGCGUGA